UCAGUUUUCCGCCGGUUACAGUUCGGUGGGGAGAGGGACGGAGGAUUUGGAAGAGAGCCAUGCACUAAAGAAAAGAAAAUGCGGGGCUUGGCUGCUAGGUCCCCCCCGCCUCCUCCUCCUUUGUCCAGCGUUGACGGCAAAGCCGCAGCGCGACGGCGGCGGCGAGCGCUUAGCGUUGUCGUCGUUCUGCUGCGUUCGCGGUUUGACGUGUUUCGGGCAGCGGGCCGGCAGCGUCGCCACGGCGCUUUCUUCGGGGCGAUGGCACCCGAUUCCGUGGAAGCCUUCAUUUCGUCCGUUCGCAAGUAUCCGAUACUGUACGACUGCAAGCGGCUCGGCUACAGGGACGUGGAUCGGAAGCGAGAAGUCUGGGAGUUGGUCAGGCAAGAGACGGGCAUGGACACCGUGGAAGAUUGUCAGCGGCUAUGGAAGUCUCUACGCGACAGGUACAUUCGAGAACUAAGGGCAUUGGAGCAUCCGAGUCAGCUGCCUUGGGAAGCUCGAAAAAGCAAGUGGACCUACUUCAACUCCCUCGACUUUUACAAGGACUGCGGCAGAGCUGCAAGAGCCAAGCAGCCGCUCGGAAUGUCCGAAACAAGCAUGGACCACUACUCCAACGGGAGCGAGACCCCGCAACUGGAAGAGGGGCUGUCCAGCGAAACGCCGCCCCCCGCCCACUCGCACUGCACCAAGAUGGUGCUUAUUGGAUCUCCGCAGACCGCUCCGGAGGACUAUGCUCCGCUCAGACUCCAUCAGAGUCCGGAACCACCGGAGCGCAAGCCCCAGCUGAUCAACGAAUCCCUGGACUCGUUUGAGUCGGAAGUGCUCAACAUCCUCAACCGUCCGCUGGACGAAGACGAGUACUUUGCGCUAUCUAUCGUGCCCUCGCUGCGCCGGCUUUCGCUCAAGAAGAAGGCGCUCGCCAAAGUCAAAAUACUCCAGGAUCUUUCACUCAUCGAGUUUGGCGAGUGACUGAAGCUGCCGUGUUCCUUGAUGCGUUCCGCAGGGUUUUGUGUUUUGUUUUUAUGUCCAAGUGUCAGUGCCAUAUUUACCAAAGGAAAACCCGAGUUUUUUUUGUUUUUUUUUGCUUUUGUUUUGGAAAGGUGAAUGGCAUGGGUGUCUCUCGAGGCUUUGAACUGUUUUUCCUGCAACUUCGACAGUUUUACCUGUUCAAAACGGCAGUGCCAAAACUAAUCUUUUGCGACAAGCCCAUUCGCCAGUCACUUUUUGGGUGCUUGAGACGAGAUUCAGUCAGCAACUUUGGGCAGCUUUCGUUUCUACCAGACCCCAUAAAGCUGUGAAUAAGCUUUUAUUUUUUCAAAGUCAAUGAGCAUGCUGCAUUAUGGGCCUCAUUAGAAGGUGCUGAAAGAUGUCUCCGUCAUUAAUAUGCAACAAAAAGUAACACUUUGUCACCAAGCUACCUGCAAAAACAGCAGAAGCGCUCACCUUGUCUAUAUCAUUAAACAACUCAAAGGUGCAAAGCUGUUUUCGAACUUAAGGCAUGGCUAAGAAAAGGUAACCUUCUUGCUGUGACAAUGGUAGAGUUUUCGAGACACCCCAAGCUCUCAUUCCAUGCCAACUCUGGGAACAGGACCACCCUAAGAUAAAGAGUGAUAUUUUUAACCAAGCGGCAAAGUAUGCCUCAGUAUUGACACUCAGUGAGGGAACAGUCUCCCCAUGGCGAAGUCACGAUGUGGUCAACUCCUGACAGUCGCCGUGCAAGUGCCAACCUCAGUCGGAAGUUGUCCGUGCUCUAUAAGGACAUAAGAUCUCUGGGACUUUAGUGUGAAGGCCGCAAGUGCCUUUCAACGAUCCAAGUGCCACAUGUGUGUUUUUACAUGUUCAAAAUGAUUAAAAGAAAGAUGUAUUUUUUUAAAUUCUUAUGCAACAGUACCAUUUGUUUUUUACAUUCACACUUGGUGACCACAGUUCUAGGAUACAACCAUUAUAUACACUCGUCGAUUCAGGAAGAUGAA